GCCGACUCUCCCCUCCGGUUAGCAAAGCGCAGUUGUUGCCUGCAAGCUUAGCUUCCUGCAGGACGUUUUCUCUCUUGCAUAAGGGGGAAAAAGAUGGCAUCCCAGAUGUUGAGUUUGAGAGUCUUUGGGUUCACUGCGUUGCUGAUAGUCUUGGCUCUAACAGUGAGGUCUGGUGAUGGCAAGACCCUGCAGAAGAUCCUGAGCAAGAGGGAUGUAGCAAGAGUCACCGGUCCCGCCGCCUCGUCCAAGGCCUCCGUGGCUGUGUCUCCCUCCAAAGCUCAAGAGUUUCUGGCGAAACUGAGCCGAACCAAGAGGAACAUUUGGGACCGCAGCAGGCCGGAUGUGCAGCAAUGGAUUAUGCAGUUUAUGUCCAUGGGCUAUGAUGAGCAGAGACUGGAGACAGACCUGUCCUACUGGAUGGACUACGCACGCUCCAACGACCAAGGACGUCAGCAUCACUAUGAUGAGAACGCGCCCAUUGGCCCACGUGACCCAAACUCGCACCGACACGGCGCCAAUGUCAACUAUGACUACUAUUAGCUGCAAACACGCACGCAUACAUCUUCCUGCCGUGGGGCUAAAAAUAUAUAUACAAAUACCCCUUUUUUCUUUUUUUACAUGAAAAGCAGCUUUCUCCUGCCUGUGUUCUGCUCACAAAUAAAACCAAAGCUGAGCUCUGUGAAAUUUUUGCCUUGCAGAAUGUUAUGAAAUAAAUAAAUGGUACUUCUUUA